UUUGAACCGUGCUGCAAUAAAAAAAGGCGCUCACUUUUUUCAGAGAGAAGGGAAAGACGGGAAAUGGCUGCUGUCGUUGCUGAGAUCGAUAUCAGUGAAGAGAUUAUCAAGCAGAGAGUCAGAGAAAACCUCAAGCUUCUCGAGGAACUGGGAAUUUCAAAGGAUAUUCGGGAGUUUGCGAAGAGAGAAUACAAGUUAUGGGUUGGUGACACAAAAGAUAGAUACUACCGCAAAAGGACUUCGACAAACCAGAAUAAUGCUGGAAGAGAAUACACCGGAAGAAUUGUUUCUGACAACCAAAAGGCUGCUGCAGUAAAGAGAGCAGAGGAACUUCAAAGAGAUUUGAAGUCUCACUAUCCUUCAUUCAUCAAGGCAAUGGUUCGAUCACAUGUAUCUGGUUGUUUUUGGCUGGGGCUUCCUUUUAAGUUUUGCAAUGAUAAUCUUCCAUCCGGUGAACUAAGAAUGACAUUGGAAGACGAGAAGGGUAAGGAACAUGAUGUGCUCUAUCUUGGAAGAAAGAAUGGGCUUAGUGGUGGAUGGAGAGGCUUUUCAAUAGAUCAUAGUUUAGAAGACGGAGAUGUCUUAGUAUUUGAACUCACUCAGGCGGCAAGAUUUAAGGUACAUAUAGUGAAGGCACUUGAGGAAGAAAAGACCGAAAAAUCCAUGACACCGAAGAAAAAAAGGGAGCCUGUUUCACAAAAGCGACCUCCAAAGACUGGCUCUGGAAAGCAAGCAGGAAGCGCGCCCAAGAGAGGUCGUAGAUGCAUCGAGAAUUAGGAUUUUGGCUUAACUUCAGACUGUUUUUGUAUCUUCUUUUUGGUCUGAUCAGUUCUACUGCUCGAAGUAUGCCAUCCGUAUCGGAAUCGUCAUAGCAGAUCUCCAUGCGGUCUGAAUGUAAACAGAAACUUGUUUCUUGCAAACAUUGAAUACCUAGCAAUGAUUUCUCUAGAAUCUCUUUGGAAGAA